UGUCCUGCCCGACUUACUGUCUUUCGUGACACCGUCUCGGUAAGGGCAUCACACCAUCUUGCCGUCACGUGUGCGGCUGAGAGGGCAAGAUGUUCGCAUUCGUUUUGAUAGGUGUUGCCUACUGCAUCACCUUCUGUCACGGUUUAGGGUGCUCCUGCCUGUCGUACCUCACUUGCCAUGAGAGUGACUGCCACGUCACACUAGCGUUGUUUACAGCUACACACCUAUACUUACUGUUUGUAUCUUCAUACAAUACAACCUCAGUUCAAUCCUUCAAUAUUUCCGCACAUGCGCACUGGUCACUCACGAUCUACCGCGACACCUUCUCAAGCUGGCAAGCCAGCGGACCUUCAAGGAGUGAUCAAAAUGAAUGAUCUGGCAGAGGGCGGAUGCUGCGGACCGAGCCGCAAGCAGCUGUUUGAGAAUGUAGAAUUAAUUCAACAGCACAUGUCGGCACUUCCGU